AGAAUGCCCCGCGCGAAACACUGCGCUGGCAGCCUCAAGAGGUUUCUGCCGCGCACCGAGACGACCGUGCGGAAUAAAGUCAAAACUCCCGUCGUUUAGUGAGCAUUCAGUGAAGAAACGGAGAAAAACUUCACCGGAGGAGUUCCCACGAUGGACGUACACGAAGAAGCAAUCGCGAUUGUGUGAAGAGUUGUCGCAGUUCGCCGUACUUAUCUGAGGGUUAUAUAAAUGUUGUGACGGAGAAAAUGGGGCUUUAAGUAUAGCACGUUAAGCGACAGAGGAAUUAGUAUUUUAUCGGGUUAAUAUCGUCGGUGCGAGGCGGGUGAAGAAGUGGGGGAACAUUUCAACUUUGAUCACAAGUGUAAAGUUUUCUAGGAAGAAUCUACUCGGUCUCCCGCGCCCUUGGGUCACCGCUGGUUGAAGUUGGCCGGCGGUAGGGUGCAGCCACGCCGGGGAAAGGCACAGCGCGACGGCCGCUGCUCUCCGGCUAGCUCGCCUGCUGCUCCUGUUUCCAGGAUCGAGGCCUUGUCGGUGAGGCGACAAUGCUUGACAUAAUGUCCGAGCAUCAAGGUAUGUCUCACUCUUGUCACUAUAUGAUCUUUUUACUGAAAUAUCAGUGUAAUGUGGUAUCAAACGCUUCACAUCAGCGGUUUAACGCACAAAAAGAGUCGAUCUAAGUUAACGUCAGGGUAACGACUGGUGGCGUAUGCUCCAUCAAUAACACCACUUUGCAUCGAUUCACUUCUGUUUACCGUCAGAAUACCGUAAAAGUCACCUAAAAGUAGUAAUCUAUUCUAGUUAAAUAGAAUGUUAACAUAUUAACAUCACUGUCUUUAAUGAUCUUACAAUUAAAUUAACGCGCCGAUCCUGCUAGCUUAACGUGACACGCUAAUAGCCGACGUUACUCCACAACCUUUUACUUUUUAACGAGUCAGUUUUGAGUUAAAUGGGCUCACACGUAAGCGACGCACAGGCUUUUAAAUAUCUACUCGAAAUUCAAUGCUGACAACAAAGCUGUUUACACGUAUAAAUCAUAUUCAGAGGGAAGCUAACUUUGCUAACGAGCCUCCCACUUCUAUUUCAGUCAGCGGACGGCUAGCUUGGCUAGCUAACUGUUUGAAUGGCUAACUGUUAGGACGAGUUAACUUCUUAAGAGUCACGACUAAGCUGUUAUUUUAAUCUUCAAGCAGUUAAAUGCAAACCUAAUGAUAAAAAAUGUCAAAGUGGACGCAUUAUUUGUCUCAAACUUCUCCUCACAUCGUGUUACGUUAGCGUCUCCUCCGAGCGUCAGCUAACGUUAGCAGUUAGCGUCCAAACAAUGCAAAAUUAGAAAUUAACAGCUUAACAGUCGGUAAAAUAGAUUCUGUUUAUUCAUUUUUUUGCUUAAAACAUGUACCUACUUCAAAUUGCGUGAAUUUAUCUACAUAUUUGACAAUAUUAUCGAAGUUCCGAUAGAGACAAAGUGACACCGGUUGCCUUCAGCCGCGUUCAUAUCUGCUGACAAACUGUCAUAUCUUUUCCACAAACGGUCAGCACUCGACUAUAUGAAGAAACUAACAAUGCACGCCCCUAAAAUAAGCCAUUCGUGUUUAUCUCUCACUACUUAGCUUCAUCUUUGAAUAGUCUGUGAGCUUGUAGCAGCUGUAGUCCUUGAUAAGGUCUUCAAGUGUGUGUGAAAAGGACUGGACAAGUUCUGAGUGAUUUCAUGUUUUCUCUUUUCUUCUCCAACAGAUUCACUUUUGACGUGCAAAACGGAACCUUUGGUGAGAACUGUUGAUGUUAUUCCUAAUACUUGCUUUCUGUCAUAUAUAGUUAGCCUCAAACUAAAGUCUUUGCUCUCUUUUCUCAGCCCCCAGAGAGGAAAAAGAGGACAGUUGAGGACUUCAACAAGUUCUGCAGCUUUGUCCUCGCAUAUGCCGGUUACAUCCCCAGCCCUAAAGAGGUAAACUUCUGAAGAUAUCACUGGGUCAGUCCAUGAAAUCUGUGCCUUUUUGCGUCCCCAAGAAGUAAUCAUUCAUAAAAUUAUGAUAACACCAAAUUAAUAUGUAAUUUAAAAAUAUAACAUUACCAUGUCUUCUCUUCUUAAUGUAACGUCAAAUUAAAGUCAAUUAAAUAACAUUUAAAAUAAUUAAAAUUACUUAAAUGCUGAUGAGGGUUUUUGGCUUGUCCCUCAUUACUAUUGCUGUACAUAUACAGGACUUCAAAUUUGUAAAAUGUUGGCAAAAUGUAAAAAAAAAAUUACAUUUACAUUUUGUUUUAAGUAUGAUCUUCUUGUGAAACAGUAUUUUUUGUAAUAAUAUAUAUUAGUCAUUAUAAAUAUUUAACCCUGAUUUCAUGUCAACCCUGUUACCCUAACUAAAAAAACCUUAAAAUAAUAAUGGUACAUUUCAGAUUUGACAUGAUUGACAGGAGGUUGCAUCCUCUCUGAGCCAGGAUGCUAACAGCUCAGUAAAAUUUAAAAGUUUCUCUCAUCUCUGAUGUGCUAUUUUUUAUGUUUUUUCAAGUUUAACCAGGGGGAACAAGCAUACAACGUCAACCCAGUUACCGCUUUUUAACAUAUAAACCUAAACAAUUUUCUAUUUCUCAAAAUAUAAUCAAUAUCUACAAGUAAUUACCUAUCAAUGUACCUAGCUUGCACAUUAGCUAGCGCUUAUUUAAGAUAGCCACCGGCAGAUUAGCUUAAAAUUGUCAACCCUGUUACCGUCAACCCUGUUACCACUUUUUAACAUAUAAACCCUAAACAAUUUUCUAUUUCUCAAAAUAUAAUCAGUAUCUACAAGAAAAUACCUUUCAAAGUACCUAGCUUGCACUUUAGCUAGCGCUUAUUUAAGCUAGCCACAGGCAGAUUAGCUUAAAAUUGUCAACCCUGUUACCGUCAACCCUAAUACUGUCAACCCUGUUACCUUUCCACAGAAACAGGAUUUGACAUGUGAGUAACAGGGAUGAUAUGGAAUAGUGUUUACCCUCUUUGUACUCUCUUUAAAGGUUAACCUUUUUAAAAUUAAAACAUUUUUCGGUCAUCAAGCGAACAUUAUUGAGCUAAUAAUUAAUUUUUGAUUGAUUGAUUGAUACACCAGUGGAGAGCCAGUUACUUUGUGUCCAGUUACUUUUACUCUUGUCAGCCCUGUUACCACUACGUCAAUCCUGUUGUUGUCAUUAAUUUGAUAAAAAUGUAAAAAAUGAAAACUCAAAUGGGCUUUCAACACUCACCAUUAUAUUUUAAAUUACAUUAUAUUUUAGAUUGGGCCAUUUUUCAACAUUUCUCUUCUAAAAGAUAUCUGAUACACGUUGAGACAUGUGAUCUCCAUGCAAAAUUAGCAUAUAUUUGAUCAUUUGAAUGACAAAUAUCUAAUUGGAGAAAAAAGUCAGCAAAAUAAAAUAAUCUCAAUGGAAAGAGAGACUAAAGUACUGCUAAUAUAUGUACCAUAUAUUAAAUAUUUUUAAUUAUAAAUAUUGUAUUUUGUUAAGUUUGUGUUGGUAACAGGGUUGACAAGAUUAUGAAAACAGCGAGGAGAAAAAUGGAAAAUAAAAUAUAUAUAUAAAAUAUGAAAAAACAGCCUGAGAUGGCACAAUAUAAUUUCCUGCCAUUUUAAACAUUCUUAAAAAUUAACAAUUAAAGUUUAAAUUUUAAGUUUUCUAAGUUGAAAAGACACCGGUUUCAUGGAAUGACCCCACUGUAGGUUUUACAUAUGACUGAUUAUUACUCUGUUAUGAAGACAUAUCUCAACGUUUUAUCUUUUUAUUGCUUAUAGGAGAGUUCAUGGUCACCAACAUCAUCCAGCUCUGCACACAGUUCAGGGUUGUCAGCAGAUGGAGGUGGUGGAGGCAGCAGCUCCACAGGCAACACUUGGGCAGAUGGAAGCUCCGACAUCCACACCAUCCACACGUUUGUUCGUAAAGCCCGAGCGAAUAAAGGCAAAAAUAUCCGGCGCAUGCACUCUGAUAGCACUCUACUGGACAAAAUGCGUCUGAAAGACUCGCUCUAUGAGAGCCAGAGCAGCUCGAAGGCAGAGCGCAAGAAGGACAAAAAACUGAAAAAGUUGUCACUGGGUUCCGCCAUGACGACAGCAGACAGUGGCAGCAGCGAGGGUGAGAAAAGAGCGCGUAUAAAGCGCAGCAAGAACUCAAAACAGCCCAAACCCAAAAAGCUCAAAAGCUCGGCUGCUCAAAGCGAGACAGACUCUGAGGCACGGCACACGCACGCAGAGGUACGACCUGUCAGAGAUGAGCUGACGGGGCACAGGGGCUCCAACCCAAGCAUGCAGGGGCUGGGGAAGAUGCAGCCAGAUGAAGCGAUGAGGGACGCAGAGAUGAGUUCGAGUGAGGGUGAGACGUGGAUCGCAGAUGAAGACAUCAUGGUGGAAUCAGGUAGGAGGAAAAACGUUUAUAAUGUGUCCGAAUUUUCCUCACAGAACUGUCUGAUUUUUGUCUUCUUGUGAACUUUUAAGUUGAUUUUCUAACUCUGUUCUCUCUCGUCAUCUCAGGGGAUGAUUCGUGGGACUUGAUCACCUGUUACUGCGGGAAACCAUUCGCAGGGCGGCCGAUGAUCGAGUGCAACCAGUGCGGCAUUUGGGUGCACCUAUCGUGUGCGAAGAUCAAGAAAUCCAACGUCCCCGACAUCUUUUACUGCCACAAGUGCAGGGACUUGCGGCGGUCGGGACACAAAAAAGACACCUAGAGACGAAGCGGACAGGAGGGACAUGACGCACUCCUUCUUUUUGCUGUCUUCUGACACUCAUUUUCUUUGAUGCCUACAGCCAAAACAGCCUAAAAUAUCACCCGGAUGGCGACUGUAUUGUCACUUUUUAAGAUUUCUUUUUUCGACAAUCAAAACCGUUCUUAUUUAUCCCUCACUUUUUUUUUGUUUUCUUUGGCUACUGUGAAGAACUGGACAGAAGGCAACAGUGACAGCGGAGAAUCAUUCAUUUUUUUACUAUUUAAUUCCGACAUCAAUUGGCUUUCUUGUUGUAGACCGUGGUGGCGAGAGGAUGCGUUCGACUCGUUUAUUUCUUAAGAGUAACGACGAAUCAGUGAGUUUCUUUUUAAGUGUCUCAGAGUAAUAUCCUCAGUUUCAAUUAAAAUCAAUGCAAGUGUAAGAGAGGGAAAACGUCACUCCUUUUUAUUUGUGGAAAUGCGAGGUGGGCAGCUCAUUUUAUUUCAGUCUAUUUUUUCGUGUUUUAUUUACAAGUCGGCGUUUUCGUUUUGGUCAUCAGCGAUAAUCGAUGAAGUUUAAAACACAGAGAUACUCUCUCUCUUUUCUAGAUAAAUUAAUCUUUGAAUUGAUAAGUCUUUCAAUAUCAGUCGUUUAGAAUCUGUUUCAAAUCGCACACAGACAAUUAUUUGGGCAGUGCACUUUUUAAAAACACAGAUACCAUUCCCAGUGCGUGUACGGUUGGUAUUUGUCAUAAUAUGAGCUACAGCUGAUCAAAUCUAUGCUUGGUUAGCAUGUAGUAGACAUAUUUGAGCGCUUAAUGUUUCUCCCUGUCUGGUUUGUUUAACCGAUCAUCGAUAGCCAUUUUAUUUUACAUGAACAACAUUUACAUUUAAAGCUGUUAAAGUUUUGUUUCAUGUGUGGUUUUCAUGUUCAUCCUAAACGAGGGGUUAACGUCGCUGUAAGACUCGAGGUUUAGCAGCGCUUUACAUUAUCACUGGCUGUGAGGCUUGUUUGUAAAAGAAAAAAAAAAUCUUUGUUUUUCUGUUUCAUGUAAGCGUUUAUUUCUUAGCUUUUCUGAGAGGCAGGGGUAGAGUCGCCGCCCAGCAUCAGAGAAUGAACGGAAGAUUGUCUCACAUGGAGAACAAAGUUUGUAGUGUACAGAAAAUAAGUGACGCUGCGUAGGUUUGUGGCAUUCGUUUAUGUUGUUUGGUUUUACCAUGUGCUUCUUUUUCUUUUCGUUGGCGGGAGUGCCGGCAAGUCUCCAGUAGCAGUUGCACUCUCUCUUUAACUUUAAUUCUGUGUACAUAUCCUGUUCUUUGACAACUGUACAUAUGUGAAAGUGAAAAGAGAAAAUACCCGAGCAAAAUCUAUAUUUUCUGCAGUCUGAUAUUGUUUUCUUUAACUGUAGCUUGACAAAAUAAAAGUCUUUGGGAACAUAAAAGUGCAUUUUAAUUCCAUCCUUUAUUGUUUGAGGGAAUAAAAACACUUGAAACUUUU